AUGUACAGGGGACCAGGCCCGCAAGCGGAGACACCCCUUGUACAAGAAUCUGUCGUCAUGGAGAGCCUGCAGCUUUCCCAGGUCCUCGCCGAUUUGAGUAACCUUGGCGCCGCGGAACCCCAGGCUGCCGCCGCCAUCGUCAAUGCCAAUGUCCCCAUUGUCCGACCCGAAUCCGCCAACGAGUCCUCCACCUCACAUCCCCAGCAGCAGCAGCCGCGCCCUCCCGCCAUGCGUCGCCACUGGUCCACGGAACCGGGCCUGCCCAAGUUCGACAAGCUCGGCCGUCGCAUCCUCAUCAGCUCGCCGAACCUAUCCCGUCCCUCGUCCAACACCAACUCAAUCCCCGGCACUCCGCGCGGUGGCGGCUCAGAUGCAAGUCCAACAAUACCCCGCGCAUGCAGGCUUUUUGCACACGCCGCGCAAGAAAUGCGACAAGUUGAUGAUGACUUGGAGCGCGCCUCUACUCUUAUGGCGCUUUACGAUAUCCGUGCCAAGAUUAAGCAGCAGGAUAACAGCAGCCUGAUCAAGGCCCGCGAGAAGAUCAACGCUCUCGCCGCCAAGCAGCAGGCCCAGCAAGUCGCCGACCGAAACGCCAAGGCGGCCGAGGAAGCCCGAAAAACCCGCUACUCCUUCCCUCGCAGCGGCCUCUAA